AUGUUUCCCUUCACAGCUUGUCCUUCUGCAGGGGACGACGGGGCAUGCGCAUCUAACGAGUCUUGUUCUCCUGGAACGGACGGCUACAUCUGCAGCAUUGUAAGGAACUCGUGCUUGGACCCAGAGAAUGACCUCUACGGAUGCGAGGCUGGCAGCACCGAAAUCAACCUCUCUAACUGCGGAAUCGGGGACGAAGAUCUGGAGGACCUGGUGGAAUGUUUCGACAACGUUGGACGCGCAUCGGUGACAGCCAUCUGGCUGGGUUCGAACUCUUUCACUUCUCUCGCGGCUGGCCUGUUCGAUGGCUUCGACAACAUCAAGUCAUUGUCUUUAGGCAACCUCCUCACCACCUUGCCGCUUGGACUCUUCGACGGUUUGGCCUCGCUCUCCUACCUUUACCUGGGUGGCAACCAGUUCACUUCGCUCCCAGCGGGGGUCUUCGACGGUCUGGAAUCUCUGCUCAAAAUCUUUCUACAGGACAACCCGCUCACUUCGCUUCCCGCGGGGCUAUUCAACGGUCUGGAUGCGCUGGAAGUUAUCUAUCAACCGGACAACCAGCUCACUUCGCUUCCCGCGGGGAUUUUUGGCGAUCUGAAAUCGCUGCAAGGCAUCUCUUUGCAAAACAACCAGCUCGCUUCGCUCCCCGCGGGGCUUUUCGACGGUCUGGAUGAACUGCAAUAUCUCGCUCUGUAUAGCAACCAGCUCGCUUCGCUCCCCGCCGGGCUUUUCGACGGUCUGGGAGCCCUGGAAACUCUCUCUCUGAAUGUCAACCAGCUCACUUCGCUUCCCGCUGGGAUUUUCGAAGAUCUGGAUGCGCUCGAAAAUCUCAAUCUGGGUGUCAACCAACUCGCUUCGCUCCCCGCGGGGCUGUUCGACGGUCUGCAUGCGCUGCAAUAUCUGAGUUUGCGGUGGAACGACGGGUUACAGUGCCUCCCCUCGUUGUUCGGGUUGGGGUUAGUCAACGGCGCCGAACUGUUCCUCCCAGAUGGCUUUGAGUCUGGCGGCGAAUGCGCUUGUCCUUCUCUAGGGGACGAUGGGGCAUGCGACUCUGACGAAUCUUGCACUCCUGGCACGGACGGCUACGUCUGCAGCGCUGUAAGGAACUCGUGCUUCGACCCAGACUAUGACCUCUACGGAUGCGAGCCUGGCAGCACCCUAAUCGAUCUUGAUAACUGCGGAAUCGGGGACGAAGAUUUGGGGGACCUCGAGGAAUGCUUCAACAACGUUGGACGCGCAUCGGUGACAACAAUCUCGAUGAACUAUAACAGUUUGACGGAGCUGCCGGGGGGAGAAGACGGGAUUUUCGCCGGGUUCGACAGCCUCAACACUUUAAUGCUCAAUCAAAAUAACAUCGAGACGCUGUAUGCGGAAAGCUUCGAAGGCCUGGGGGGGGCGCUGACUUCGCUGAGCAUCAUUCAAAGCCGGUUAACCACGAUCCCUGUGGGCUGCUUCGACAAUCUCGUUGGGCUGCAGACGAUGACGCUUUACGGGAACGACUUAGCGUGGCUACCUGUGGGAGCUUUCCGCGGCUUGGGGGAGCUCGGCACGUUAUCAUUGGCUGGAAAUGCCCUCUCCACGCUUCCUGCGGGCCUCUUCGAUGGCAUGGAAGGCCUUACUGUUCUCAAUCUGAGCGAAAACGAAGACCUUCAGUGCGUACCGUCAAUGGAAGGGUGA